CGCACCUCUCUCCCUCGUUGGCUUUGGCAGGAGUGGAAGAGCGAUUGUGGUUGGUUCCACUCUCUGUUUGACACACGAACACACGCACUCAAAAUUUCUCAUGGACAUCACACAAACACUAAUUUCCACAAAUUAAAAUCUUCAUUUUGCUCUUUUACUUCCGAAAUCGCCCCUCUCCUUGACGGAAAUGCCGUUCAGAUCCGGUCAUGGACAGGGAGGCUAACCUUCUGGUCCCAUCUGCACCUCCGCAAAGAAAUCUCGUUCGUCCCGUCACCAACGCCGCCGACACGACGUCUUCUUCCUCCUCGUCCUCCUCCCCGCCGGACUUUCUCCGGCAUGUCCAAGAUGCCUUCAAGCGCCACCGCCCCCUUGGAAUAAUGCAGACGAGUAAUAGCACAAAGCCUAGACGUACGUUAAUUCCAAAACGUGAAGCGUCAAGAACUGUAGCUUCAAAUAUGGGUCCAACUACAGGCACGAAGAACUCUCAAGUUGUUGUUCCAUUGAGUAAAGACUCAACUUUGCCGAAGAAGAAUCCAGUUACUGUUAUCAUGGAAAGUCAUGAAGAUGCGUCAAUCACACCUCCUUCGUUUCCUGGAACAAUCACGAAGACGUUUGAUGAGAGUUUCAAUCCCUUUGAUGCACAGAGAGAGCAACCAAAAUCUGCUAUCGAUACUAAAGAGAACAAUCCGAUGCCCCUGACAUGCAUAGAAUCCCAACCUGUUGAGGGUAAGAGAAAAGUCCAGUUUUCGACACUGAACAACACCAUUUCACAGGGGGCCGAUAAUGGAAUGGCCACUGGAUUGGAGAACUUUACUUCUCAUAUGGAUUCACUUGCAUUGACAGAAAUGGAGUGGGAUGUGAGCAAUCAAGUAGAGGUGUCAAAUGUGAUCAAUGAAGAAACAAAGCAGCAGAACUUUCAGAACAUGGAAUCAGAUCUCACUUUGAGGUCCGAUGGAGCUGUACCAUCACUGGCAAAGAGAACAAUGGUUAUUCAGAAUCAGUUGCAUCAAUUGAGGAACUUUUUAAGCCAACCAGCUACUCAAUCUUCUGUUGCUGGACCAUCCUGUGCUACCACAACAUCUGUUCAUUCUACUUCAGCACCCAUGCUUAACUCGAUGACAUAUUGCUCUCGUGAGAGUGGUUCUCAAGCUGCAGUCGAACCUUUGAGGGAUGCUAAUGCAAAUUCUCAGAGCUUUACUCCAGGGAAUUUGGAGCAGCUGUCACAUCCUACAUUGAAGGACACUAGUGGCAUGCUAAUUGACUUGAGAGCCACUGCAACCCGGCCUUCUACCUCUUCUAUCCAUUCCCAGUUUAAGGACCUGCCUAAGGAGCAACAGAGAGGUGUGCCUGAAGUAAGUGACAUUGCAAACAAUCCUUCACUUGUUGUUGAUAGGUCCACUAAGGAUAUUGAACCAGCAGAUGAUGGUGCUGCUGUACAAUCUCAGCCUCCAAUGUCCAAAAACCCAUCUUCAGAUGUGAAGUUGGAGCCUCCUAAACAUGAAAAACAAGAAAAAGUUUCAAGUAGUAAAGGUGCAUCAGUGCCUCGAAAAAGGAAUCUUGACCCUGAUUUGUUCUUUAAAGUUAAUGGGAAGCUCUAUCAAAGGCUUGGUAAGAUAGGAAGUGGAGGAAGCAGUGAGGUUCACAAAGUCAUUUCAUCAGACUGCACAAUCUAUGCACUUAAGAAAAUCAAGCUCAAGGGUCGUGAUUAUGGAACUGCAUAUGGUUUUUGUCAGGAAAUUCUUUAUCUAAACAAACUAAAGGGGAAGAACAACAUUAUACAGUUAAUAGAUUAUGAGGUGACAGAUAAAACUUUGCUCCACGAAGUCAUGAGUGGCUCUGUAAAUAAUAAAGAUGGAAGAGUCAAAGAUGAUGGGUGUAUAUACAUGGUCCUUGAAUACGGUGAAAUUGAUUUGGCUCACAUGCUGUCCCAGAAAUGGAAGGAGAUGGAUAGCUCCAACCAGACGAUAGAUGAGAAUUGGCUGAGAUUUUAUUGGCAGCAAAUACUUCAAGCUGUCAAUACCAUACAUGAGGAACGUAUCGUGCACUCUGACCUGAAGCCAGCUAAUUUUCUUCUUGUCAAAGGUUCUCUAAAGUUGAUUGAUUUUGGUAUCGCCAAAGCCAUAAUGAGCGAUACUACUAACAUUCAAAGGGAUUCACAGGUAGGUACCCUAAGCUACAUGUCUCCAGAGGCAUUCAUGUGCAAUGAGAGUGAUGCUAAUGGAAACACCAUAAAGUGUGGUCGGCCAUCAGAUAUUUGGUCCCUCGGCUGCAUCCUCUACCAAAUGGUGUAUGGAAGAACCCCUUUUUCUGCGUACAAAACAUUUUGGGCCAAGUUCAAAGUUAUAACGGAUCCAAACCAUGAGAUAACUUACGAGCCAGUCUCCAAUCCAUGGCUUCUUGAUCUUAUGAAAAGAUGCCUGGCUUGGGAGAGGAACGAGAGAUGGAGGAUCCCUCAAUUACUCCAACAUCCUUUUCUUGUUCCACCAGUACCGACUCAACAAUCUGAAUCUCAGAAUCAAGGUUGUGAACUGCUUCAACUUGUUGCAGAAACUUGUGGCAGUGACCAAGAAGCUUCUAUGCUGUGCCAUGAGCUCCAACAAUUGCUUAACCCAGGCACUCACAUAUCCGAGUCAUUAACAUCACGAGACCAACAAUAUAAGUUGUUCUCCCAGAUGUCUAAGCUUUGUUUUCAGCUCCGGGAAUGUUUAGCAAAGUCAGAGGGAUUUUAGGAAUAGUUUCAGGUGUAUAAAUCCAUGUUUGAGGUCGGCAGUCAACUCCGGGAAGCUCUUCUCUUCGGGGAAUAUGAGAAAUCAUGGCCGUCCUACCCUUUAUAAGGUGUAAUCAUCCCUGUUGUUUUAUUUUGACUUCGAACAGAAGUAUUGAACUCCAAUUCUUUACUUGUAUGUAUCUCCUUUACGGACCCGAUGAAUGCGCGCAGUGUGACAUUGGAUGUAAUCUUUCACAUAUACUUUGAGCAGCAUACAUGACUUGAUUCUCGGCUUAA